CUUUAAUAUACAAUUCACUACUACCCCUUAUUAACUUAGUAUACUAGUCAUUAUAUACAUAACUUAAAUAAUUUGUAUAAACUAAUCGAAUAACUAAUUCUCUCCUCUAGCUAUGACAUUGUUAACAACUUUUUGAACUGUCAUUGGGUCAUUUUUUUUCUUGGAUCUCAAUUCUUCCUUUGAUUGUUUAUCUUGAACUUGUUUGGAUUUUGUCAUAGACGCUACAUCAACCCCAAAAUCUUGAGUUAAACCCAUUAAAAACGAGGGUAAAUUGUCAACAAAAUUGACAUGCAAUGAAAUACCUCUGGUAAUCCUCAUAGUUUAAGAUAAUUCAUCCAUUCCGAUUUUGAGGAAUUUAUAAUCUAAUAAGAAUGAUUGAUUAUUUCAACCAAAAAAAAAUGAAAAAAGGAAGAAACAAAAUACAUAUAUAAUUGUUGAACAAAGAAAAAAUAAAAAUAAUUGAUACACGCCUAGAUUUUAGGGGUUACCUGCGAAAGUUGAAUUCAAUUUCGGAGGGAGAAAGUGAUUUUUUUGGCCAAUUUGAAAUUCAAAAUCGGUUAAAAGUAUCAAUUAUAGGAGAAAAAGGUGGAAUAUGAAUAGAAGAGAUAAUAUUGAUUUGUAUAAAAUUAUAUACAAAAUUAAAAAAAAGGUUUUUAUACGAUUGAUUUAGGAAUAAGUGGUGGACCCCAUUAAUUAUAGCAAAAAAAAACUAUAAUUAUAGAAAGUAAAUAAAUUAUACUAUACCCUUAUUAUAUAAUUACUUAGGGAUGUUUGUCAUCCCUAGUAAUUUUCCCUAACUAACUAAUAUGGAACGGAUGAAUUCAAUUUUGCUUUCAAGAUUAAUCAAAUUAAUGUUUGAUUAAUCAUGACAAGUUAUAAGAUUGAUUAAAUUAGCACUUGAAAAGCGAAGUAUAACAACUAAUAUGGAAUUGAUGGAUAAUUUUAGGUCCCUACACUAAAGUGUAUAGGAAAAUCUUUCAAUUUUCUUUGAGCUAAAAAGAAUUUAUUUUUUUUUUAAUAAAAAAAGGGGGCCUUUUCCCCUUCCUUCCACUUGUCACCUUCACUCCCUCACUCCCACUCGAACUCCUAUUUUCCUCUCCUCACACAAACAAAUUAAACCAUUGGCUCUAACUAAAAAAUAGGACUUACUUUCUUUUCACCUUACAAGCCCACAACAACUUCUACUAAUAAUAAUAAGAAGAACAACAACCCAUGCAACUUUUCUUGUUUUCUUUAUCCAUAUUAAUUAUCAUCAUAAUAACUCUCACUUUUCUUCUUUAUAUUGUCUUUUAAUUUCUUACACAUAGUUGACUAAAUUAACUAGUGUUAAGGUCUUUUUUUUUGGAAGGGGGUUAUAGUCAUGGCUUGUGUUGAUGAAGAACAAAAGCCAAGUUUUAAGCAUUAUUGUAGAGUUUGUAAGAAGGGUUUCAUGUGUGGGAGAGCUCUAGGUGGACAUAUGAGAGCUCAUGGUAUUGGAGAUGAGAGGGUAAAUAUGGAUGAUGAUGAUGAUGAUGAUGAUGAAGAAGCUAGUGAUUGGGAAGAAAACCAUGGUGAUAAUAAGAGGAUGUACCAAUUAAGAGCAAACCCUAACAGGUUAAAGAGUACUAGGGUAUGUGAAAAUUGUGGACAAGAAUUUAUGUCAUGGAAAUCUUUUCUUGAACAUGGUAAAUAUUGUGGCUCUGAUGAUGCUUAUGAUGAUCAUUCCUUGGUAUCAUCACCUUGUUCUGAUGGUGAGGAAUAUAACAUAGGUGAAAGAAAAGGGUAUGGUUGGUCUAAAAGGAAAAGGUCCUUGAGGAGUACUAAAGUUGGAACUUUUACUUCAUCUUAUAAUACUAAUAAUGCUUAUUCAAGUGAACAAGAAGAUCUUCUUCUUGCAAAAUGGCUUAUAGAUUUAGCUAAUUCAGGGGUGGACCCAUUAACCAUCGAGCCAGAAGAGUCAUGUGCCUCCGCUAGUAAAGAGGAGGAGAGGCGGAACCCUAUAAUGACCUACCUUAGUACUUCGGGCCUCAUGAACCAAGACAAAGAUCUCGAACAUGAUAGAAAAAGUGAAUUUUUCAUCAUACCUAGUUUGGACAAGGCUAAAGGGGUUCCCAAAGGAUUAUUUGAAUGUAAAGCAUGCAAGAAACUAUUCAAUUCUCACCAAGCCCUAGGUGGACAUAGGGCAAGUCACAAGAAGGUUAAAGGAUGUUAUGCAGCCAAACAAAAUCAAUUAGAUGAUAAUACACAUGAUCAAGAUAAUUACUUGAAAGGUUCAAAAUCAUCAUCUUAUAAUUACCAAUUUGAACAAGGGUCCUCAUUAACAGGAGCUUCAAAGAGAAAAUCAAAAGUACAUGAAUGUUCAAUAUGCCAUAGAGUUUUUUCAACUGGACAAGCUUUAGGUGGCCAUAAAAGGUGUCAUUGGAUCACUUCCAACUCUCAAGAUUCAUCUAUCUUCACACCAAAAUUUCAUUUUCACAAUCCCCUUAAGCAAAUUAAUGAAAGAUCAACAUUGGAGAAUCAAGAUCCAUUGGAUCUUAACGUUCCACCUAAUGAUCAAAACAUGUCAAGAAUAAAGCAAGAACCUUGGAAAAUAAUCAAUCCCUUUGAGGUCUCCACAGAUAUACACAUGCAUCCAUGGAGUAGUACAAAUAAUAGUGAUCAUACAAAAAAAGAAACAAAAGAUGAUGUUGUUAACCACAACAAUAGUGAUCAACCCCGCGAAGAAAAUGAGGAUGACAACUUCAAGAACAAGAACAAGAACAACAACAACAACAACAAUGUCCGUCAAGAUGAUGCAACACAAAUCAAUGUAGAAGAGGAUGAUGAAGCAGAUAGUAAGUUGAAGCUAGCAAAAUUAAGUGACCUAACUACUUCUGGUAAUCCUUCACAAUGGUUACAAGUUGGUAUUGGUCCAACAAAUAAGGUUGAGGCUGACUUAUAAACUAUUUUGCAUGUUUUCCCCUCUUCUUUUGUUUUCUUUUUUUUUCCACCAGGGUAUAUAUUUCUAUGCACAUAUUGUAAUUAAAAUAUUCUCCCCCAAAAAGUAAAAAAUUAUACAUACCCAAUUGUUUAGUUAUAAAGAUAGAGUAUAUAUUAGUUCAUUUUUUUAAACUUGUUUCUCUUGUAAACGAUUAACGUAUAAAUAUAAUUUUGUUCCAUGCAUUUUAACAUUUUCCAUUUUUUAUUUUUACAUUUAGUUUACUUCAGAGUUAAUAUUCAUGUAUUCAAGCUUCCUGAUCCGGAAUGGAUCGAUUAAACAUUCCAUUAGGUAGCCUGGUCUUGACUCUUCUGUGUGAUCAUGACAAUUGUCUUAGUCAAUUAAAAUAUAUUAAUAACCUUGAUGUGUUAAAUUGGAAUGACAUUUUACUUAAACUCUUACGUGGAUAUAUUCUAAUGUAUAGAAGGU